CCAGAACCAUGUCUGACACCGCUGUUUCCUCUCGCCAGAGCGCCGUCUCGCGGCCCGUCAGUGAGGCACUUCUCAACGAGAAGUGGGAUCGCUGCCUCUCGAACCUCAUCGUCAAGUCCUCCCUCGGCCUCGGAUUCGGCGUCGUCUUCUCAGUCCUGCUGUUCAAGCGGAGGGCAUGGCCCGCCUUCGUCGGCGUCGGGUUUGGAGCGGGUCGGGCGUAUGAGGAGUGCAACUGGAGCUUGAGGCAGGCGGCGAAGGAUCUGAAGAAACAGUCUUAAUCGACCCUAUUCCCAACACCAGACUCCACUGUUGGAGGGGAGGAACGCUGUGUUGGCGACCUGGCGCCCCAAUGGAGAGGACAAGUCUCUGGUGAAGACACCUUGUAUACCAACUCACACAACUUGCCCCGUCCGAGAGAGCGAAACGAGGAAGAAACCUCAGUAAGGACGAAGCCCCCGGUCCGGCCGCCUGGAGGCUACCUGGGAUAUGGAUUUGGUUCGCGAUAUCAGAUUAGGGAAGAGACGAAACGC